AUGAGUAAUGUUCGUUGACUCCUAGGAGCAUAUGAUAGUCUUCGGACAGCUCUUCCUUGAAACUUUGUUUCGUUUCAUGUUGUCUGUAGUGUUCAUAACUUCAUUCUCCUUUGUUCAACACUUUAAUUUCAGAUUCUUUUUUCCAAUAUUUCAUUAGACCCUUACCUUUCAAUCUCUUCCAUGGCUGAUUCUUCAUUUGAAAUUGAGUUCUCUUCAUCGUUAAACUACCACACGCCGGCUUCACGCUAUGCCUCGAGUACUACUUUCACGCCACGCACCUUUGCUCGAGUGCCCCACACCACUCCGCGGAGGCUCAGCCAUCGUCCUCCUUCCACACCUUUCGCCACCGACGAUGAUAUGUCAUGGCAAAGUGAAGUUUCAUGGCAGUUUGAGCCUUCCGGUUGGCGCGAAAGCCGCGAUUUGGGUGCUGCCCUUAGUCCUUGGGCGGCAUCCACUGUGUCAUCAUCGAAUAGUCAGGCAUUAGGCCGACGCUUGGCUAGUGAACAUUAUCUUUCUCGCACUUCUGGUGGGCUUCGAAACUUUGCGAAUUCGAGCUACGAGUUUUCAGGUUACGGAGCUGUGCCUUCAGCGAGGCUUGAGCUUCAAAGCUAUGUCGCUAGAGACGAUGACAGUUCGUCGCAUCUCCGUUUCCAAGAUCAUAGUCGGUCUAAUCACGAUAUUUCGAGGCUGGCUACUAUCAGAGAAAGCGGCAGUAAGAACAGUCGGAGUCCUUUGACCGAUGUUGAUGAGCUUAGCUCUAUAGAUUAUGACACUCGACAAGAUGAGAGACGAUUAGACCUGUCACGGACCAAUCGUAAUGUUCAUGCUGGCACCGGUUCCUAUUGUUCAUCGGUUUCACAGGCAUAUAUGGAUGCUGAUCGGGAUGAGGAUUCGCUAGGGGGGCAUCAUCAGCAUGGUAGGAGCCAUCACAUGAGACACAGGGUGGAUAAUGAAAUUGAUCUAGUAAUGCAGCACGAGCUUGCUGGUCACGAUGCUCGGAAAUCAACUUGCCAUCAUUCUCAUGGUAAUCAUCAAUAUGAUGAUCUUAGCUUUUCAAAGGAUUUUUGUGAAGAUAGUAUUACAGGGCACGAUCACGAUGACGAGGAGGAAGAGGAUGUAGAACCACAUAGGCCAGUUGGUUUGUUGAGUUUGUUCAGGUAUUCAACAAAUUGGGAUAUAGUACUUGUGAUUUUGGGUUGUGUAGGAGCCUUAAUCAAUGGGGGUUCACUUCCUUGGUAUUCUUUUCUGUUUGGUAAGUUUGUCAAUAAGAUUGCAAAGGAAUCAAAAGGUGACAAAACACAGAUGAUGAAGGAUGUUCAGAUGAUAUGCCAAUUUAUGUCUCUCUUGGCAGCAAUAGUGGUGAUUGGAGCAUACUUAGAAAUCUCCUGCUGGAGGCUGGUCGGGGAACGUUCGGCUCAACGGAUUAGAACAAAGUAUUUGAGAGCAAUUUUGAGACAGGACAUCAGUUUUUUCGACACACAAGUUCACACCGGUGACAUUAUGCAUGGUAUUUCAAGUGAUGUUGCUCAAAUCCAGGAAGUUAUGGGAGAGAAGAUGGCACAUUUCAUUCACCAUGUAUUCACCUUCGUAUGCGGUUACGCAGUCGGGUUUAUUGCAGCGUGGAAAGUGGCACUGGUAGUUUUUUCUGUUACCCCACUAAUGAUGUCUUGUGGCAUUGCUUACAAGGCAAUUUACGGCGGUCUCACCGCAAAGGAAGAGGUUUCUUACAGGAAAGCUGGUACCAUUGCAGAGCAAGCAAUUGGUUCGAUUAGAACUGUAUUUUCUUUUGUUGCCGAGGAAAAUUUGGCAGCAAGAUAUGGUGAAUUAUUGUCAAAAUCGGUGCCUCUUGGUGCGAAGAUCGGGUUUGCCAAGGGUGCCGGAAUCGGGGUUAUUUAUUUAGUUACAUAUUCAACAUGGGCAUUGGCCUUUUGGUAUGGUUCGAUCUUGGUUGCUCGGAACGAGAUCACCGGUGGUGAAGCCAUUGCUUGCUUCUUUGGUGUCAAUGUUGGGGGAAGGGGCUUGGCAUUAUCACUGACAUAUUUUGCUCAAUUCACUCAAGGCACCAUAGCAGCGGCUCGAGUGUUUGAUAUUAUAGACAGGGUUCCAGAGAUAGACCCUUAUAAUCCUGAAGGAAGGAUGUUGUCAAGUGUUCGAGGAAAGAUCGAGUUUAAAGGUGUAACUUUUGCUUAUCCAUCUCGUCCUGAUACUACAAUUCUCCGUUCUCUCGAUUUGGUUAUCCGAUCGGCGAAGACGCUUGCGUUGGUUGGAGCAAGUGGAGGUGGCAAGUCUACCAUCUUUGCUCUCAUCGAGAGGUUCUACGAUCCCAUAAAAGGAACAAUAACCUUGGAUGGCUAUGAUUUGAGGACACUACAAGUGAAGUGGCUAAGAAGGCAAAUCGGCAUGGUCGGACAAGAGCCGAUUCUUUUUGCCACGACGAUAUUGGAAAAUGUGAUGAUGGGCAAGGAAAAUGCCACCAAGAAAGAAGCUGUUGCAGCUUGUGUUGCUGCCAAUGCUCAUGGUUUCAUCUAUGAUCUUCCACUAGGAUACGAUACUCAGGUGGGAGAGAAGGGAACUCAGUUAUCAGGUGGUCAAAAGCAGAGAAUCGCUAUAGCUCGUGCGUUGAUUAAAGAUCCGAGAAUCCUUCUCUUAGAUGAGCCUACCAGUGCCCUGGAUGCUGAAGGCGAGGCAGUUGUCCAACAAGCAAUUGACAAGAUUUCUAAGGGAAGAACAACAGUGGUCAUUGCUCACAGGCUGGCAACGGUAAGAAAUGCCGACACAAUUGUUGUUCUCGAUAAUGGAUCGGUUGCCGAGGCUGGUAGCCAUCACCAGCUAAUGCAAAGAGAAGGAGCCUAUUAUAAACUUAUCAAGCUUGCUUCUGAAGCAAUAUCAAACCCUGAACCAAAUGAGACACAUGCUCAAAAGGGAAUUGAGUUUUCUAAGUAUGAGAAAUCAGCCUAUGAAACAUUGAGAUCGCCGUCUGCGUAUGAUAUUUCACGGUCGAAGUACUUGAAGUCAAUCCAAGUAGUUAACCAAGUAGAGGAGGAAAUGCAACAAAAGCAAAAGCCUAGAGAAUAUCGAAUUUCGAAGAUAUGGUCUCUACAAAGACCAGAGCUCGUCACGCUUUUACUCGGUUUUCUUUUCGGUAUCCAUGCAGGUGCUAUUCUCUCCAUUUUCCCCUUGUUUUUAGGCAUAGCUCUUCAAGCUUACUUUGAUGACACUCCAAAAGAGUUGAAGAAAGAAGUUAACAAGCUCGCCUUAGCACUCGUCUGCCUAGGCUUCGGUUCUAUAAUUACCUUGACUGGACAACAAGGUUUCUGUGGUUGGGCUGGAACAAAGUUGACACAAAGGGUGAGAGACCUCUUAUUUCAUUCGAUACUUAAACAAGAACCUGGCUGGUUCGAUUUCGAGGACAAUUCCACUGGAAUCCUUGUUUCAAGACUCUCAAUUGAUUGUCUCAGUUUUCGAUCGGUCCUUGGGGAUCAGUACUCAGUCUUGUUGAUGGGUGUGAGUGCAGCUGCAGUGGGGCUUGGUGUCUCGUUUUACCUCGAAUGGAGAUUAGCUCUCGUGGCUGCUGCCGUUACACCUUUUACUCUUGGUGCAAGCUACUUGAAUUUGAUCAUAAACAUUGGACCAAGGUUAGAUAACAAAGCAUAUGACAAAGCUAGCAACAUCGCUUCCGGUGCAAUUUCGAAUAUAAGGACAGUGGCAACAUUUUCUUCACAAGAAGAGAUAGUUAAGUCCUUUGAUAGAGCUUUAUCCGAGCCUAGGAAACAAUCAGUGAAAAGGUCACAAAUUCUAGGCCUCACACUCGGUUUCUCUCAAGGUGCAAUGUAUUGUGCAUACACUUUGACACUUUGGUAUGGUGCCUACCUUAUGAAACAAGGCCAUACGGGUUUCGGUGAUGUAUAUAAAAUCUUUCUCAUUCUCGUGUUAAGCUCGUUUUCAGUCGGACAACUAGCAGGCCUUGCACCAGACACCACCAGGGCCGCGACAGCAAUACCUUCCGUGUUCGAUAUCCUCGAUCGGAGGCCACUGAUUGGUAACUUCCGAGAUAAAGUUAGAAAAAUCGAACUGUCGAAGCCACUGGAUAUUGAAUUGAAAAAGGUGACAUUCGCUUAUCCAUCUAGGCCUCAAGUGAUUGUGUUGAGGGACUUCUGUUUAAAGGUCAAGGGUGGUAGCACAGUGGCAGUGGUAGGCGGAAGCGGGUCGGGGAAAUCGACGGUGAUAUGGUUGGUACAAAGGUUUUAUGAUCCAAUCGAAGGGAAAGUAAUGAUGGGAGGCAUAGAUUUGAAGGAGCUCAACUUGAAAUGGUUGAGAAAACAAAUAGCCAUGGUGGGUCAAGAGCCUGCUUUGUUUGCUGGAAGUAUAAGGGAAAACAUCGCAUUCGGGAACCUGAAUGCCUCGUGGAGCGAGAUUGAAGCGGCUGCAAAGGAAGCUUACAUCCACAAGUUCAUUAGUAGUCUCCCUGAAGGCUAUGAAACUCAGGUCGGGGAGAGCGGGGUGCAGUUAUCGGGUGGUCAAAAACAAAGGAUAGCAAUAGCAAGGGCCAUACUGAAGAAAUCAAGGGUGUUGCUUCUAGAUGAAGCAAGCAGUGCCCUGGACUUGGAAUCAGAGAAACAUAUCCAGGAUGCACUUAGAAGGGUUUCGCAGAGUGCCACCACGAUCAUAGUCGCACACCGGCUUUCCACGAUCCGGGAAGCCAAUAUGAUUGCUGUUGUCAAAGAUGGCGCCGUUGUCGAACAUGGCAGCCAUGAGAAGCUUUUAGCUUCACAUGCCGACAGUGUUUAUGCUAGUUUGGUUCGAGCCGAAAGAGAAGCCAAUGCCUUUGCUUGAGACGGGACUUUUCUUUGCUUCUUUUACAAGUUCUUGGUUUCUGUUAUUGAUUUGAAUUUUAAUUAUAUUUCAGUAACUUAAUUUGAAAGAAUCUAUCAUUUGU